GCCCCUCAGCGCAUGGGUGGCGGUCACGUGCCCAGAACGUCCGGCGUUCGCCCCGCCCUCCCAGUUUCCGCGCGCCUCUUUGGCAGCUGGUCACAUGGUGAGGGUGGGGGUGAGGGGGCCUCUCUAGCUUGCGGCCUGUGUCUAUGGUCGGGCCCUCUGCGUCCAGCUGCUCCGGACCGAGCUCGGGUAUAUGGGGCCGUAGGAACCGGCUCCGGGGCCCCGAUAACGGGCCGCCCCCGCAGCACCCCGGUCUGGCGUGAGGGUCUCACUUGAUCUGAGAAUGGCUACCUCUCGAUAUGAGCCAGUCGCUGAAAUUGGUGUCGGUGCCUAUGGGACAGUGUACAAGGCCCGUGAUCCCCACAGUGGCCACUUUGUGGCCCUCAAGAGUGUGAGAGUCCCCAAUGGAGGAGGAGCUGGAGGAGGCCUUCCCAUCAGCACAGUUCGUGAGGUGGCCUUACUGAGGCGACUGGAGGCUUUUGAGCAUCCCAAUGUUGUCCGGCUGAUGGACGUCUGUGCCACAUCCCGAACUGACCGGGAGAUCAAGGUAACCCUGGUGUUUGAGCAUGUAGACCAGGACCUAAGGACAUAUCUGGACAAGGCGCCCCCACCAGGCUUGCCAGCCGAAACCAUCAAGGAUCUGAUGCGCCAGUUUCUAAGAGGCCUAGAUUUCCUUCAUGCCAAUUGCAUCGUUCACCGAGAUCUGAAGCCAGAGAACAUUCUGGUGACAAGUGGUGGAACAGUCAAGCUGGCUGACUUUGGCCUAGCCAGAAUCUACAGCUACCAGAUGGCACUUACACCCGUGGUUGUUACACUCUGGUACCGAGCUCCCGAAGUUCUUCUGCAGUCCACAUAUGCAACACCUGUGGACAUGUGGAGUGUUGGCUGUAUCUUUGCAGAGAUGUUUCGUCGAAAGCCUCUCUUCUGUGGAAACUCUGAAGCCGACCAGUUGGGCAAAAUCUUUGACCUGAUUGGGCUGCCUCCAGAAGAUGACUGGCCUCGAGAUGUAUCCCUGCCCCGUGGAGCCUUUCCCCCCAGAGGGCCCCGCCCAGUGCAGUCGGUGGUACCUGAGAUGGAGGAGUUGGGAGCACAGCUGCUGCUGGAAAUGCUGACUUUUAACCCGCACAAGCGAAUCUCUGCCUUUCGAGCUCUGCAGCACUCUUAUCUACAUAAGGAUGAAGGUAAUCCGGAGUGAGCAAUGGAGUGGCUGCCAUGGAAGGAAGAAAAGCUGCCAUUUCCCUUCUGGACACUGAGAGGGCAAUCUUUGCCUUUAUCUCUGAGGCUAUGGAGGCUCCUCCAUCUUUCUACAGAGGUUACUUUGCUGCCUUAAUGACAUUCCCCUCCUACCUCUCCUUUUGAGGCUUCUCCUUCUCCUGCCCCCCUAUUUCUCUACACUAAGGGGUAUGUUCCCUCUUGUCCCUUUCCCUACCUUUAUAUUUGGGGUCCUUUUUUAUACAGGAAAAACAAAACAAAGAAA